ACUUCCUCUUUCCGCCAUAUUGCAGAACCGGCAUCAUGGUGCGCAUGAACGUUCUCGCGGAUGCUCUCAAGAGCAUCAACAAUGCUGAGAAGCGUGGGAAACGCCAGGUCCUCAUCAGGCCCUGCUCCAAGGUGAUUGUGCGCUUCCUAACCGUCAUGAUGAAGCACGGUUACAUUGGUGAGUUUGAGAUCAUUGACGACCACAGAGCCGGAAAAAUUGUUGUCAAUCUCACAGGCAGGCUGAACAAGUGUGGCGUGAUCAGUCCACGUUUUGAUCUCCAGCUCAAGGACCUGGAGAAGUGGCAGAACAACCUGCUGCCCUCAAGACAGUUCGGAUACAUUGUGCUGACCACCUCAGCUGGCAUCAUGGACCACGAAGAGGCCAGACGGAAACACACAGGAGGCAAAAUCCUUGGAUUCUUUUUCUAAAAUGUAAAGAACUGCAAAUAAAAAAACAACCAAGUGAAA